GCUAUACUACCUCAGCGCACCAGACCCCAGGAAGCACUUCACGAAGAUAAAGAACUUCACGAAGAUCAGGAUAAAGUAACAAAACCAGUAGUAGUUCUUGAGGAAAAGCAUGAUGAUCACGAUCCCCUCGUCAGGGUAGAACUGCUCUCAUCGACCGCUACAAAGCGCAUGUACGAGGAGAGGCAGCACGAGACGCUCAGCCAACUGUAUGGAUGAUGUUUUUUCUCCCAUCUUCAGCGGAGUGACCAUCGAGGCUGCCCCUCUUGCUUGCGUGGGCGUCUUGUCGUCAUCGUGUGGAGUAAUAGCUUUUUGCUGUAGAAAUUCAGCGCAUACUGUUAGGUUAAAGGGGAGCCUCGAUGGUCUGCCUCUAGAGGGGAGAAAAAACGCCAUUCAUAAGGGGUCGGAGUUCUUACAGGCAGUCAGGGGACGCCCCACAGCAGCCGCAUACUUUCCACCAGCUAAUCUACGC